GAAACUUCGCUGACUUCUUCGAGACAUUUUUGAAUUUCUCUUCUCCCUCUCUCUCUCUCUCUUUCUCUCUCUCUCUGCCUGCGAAAUCCCCAAAUCCCAAACUUCAGCAGACAGAGGCUUCAAGCUCUUCCAACCUCGACUUUGUCGGAGUCUCUCCCAUUUACCGGGAAAUUCCUCGCACCCUCAAACCCCAAGGUUCCUGAUUGCCUCGUUGACCCCAAGAAUUGGAGCUCUUUAGGGUUUUCCCCUUUCCCAAAUUGACCCCUUUUGGAACCGUUGUCAUGACGCCUCAGCUCCCGUAUCCUCAGUCCCAGCAGCAGCAUGACUAACUUCGGGGACGAGCCGAGCAGCAGCAGCGGGUUCCACUCGGUGCACGCCGAGCGGGACCCUGAAUCCAACUGGGCGGUCGAUCUUGACAGGCUUCUCGAAGAGUAUUUGGUGAAAGUCUGCUCCGGGGAGAUCCCGAGCGAGGACGAUGACCACCGGAUUCGUGUGAACUUUGCCGAAGCUGCUUUGCUGCUUCAGGGUUCGGUUCAGGUCUACAGCCGGAAGGUGGAGUAUCUUUAUUCGCUGGUUCUGCACGCGUUGGAGUUCAUUUCUCAGCAGCGGCAGCAGGACCAGGUAGAGGGUGCGUCAAUCCAGCCCGAAGAGGCUGGGCCCAGUGGGACUCGGAAUGAAGAUGAUGAUCCCUUCUGGUUGUCUGAUGAUAUACCAGUGGAUGCAAAAAACAGCUUGGACAGUUCAACUGAUAAGGAUAUUCCAUCAAAUCACCUUGUGAGGCCGCCUGCAAAUCUAGUUGUACUUGAAGGCGAUCGCCUAGAUGCUUCUGGCGAUUCUGGGGAAUUAGAGUCUUACUUGUUGGCCACCCACGAUCUGUUUGAGGAUUUUAUUCUGUUGGACUCGGGUGAUGCAGUGGCAGUGAAUGACUUCUUGAAAGAUGGCAAGGUACAAAAUGGAGGGCAGCGAGCCAGCUCAGCUCGGAAGACCUUUCAAUCUCCAAGAAGUCGGUCAGGAGCUGCUGGUUCGAGGUCAUCAGCAGGAAAGAGCCACGGAGUUGACAUGAACAAAUCCCCUGAUGCUGGCUUUAAUACUCAAGUGAAUAAUUUCGAUGCAGCACCUGAUCCUCCUGCUUUUGAUGAUUUUGCUAAUGGAGAGUUUAGUUUCAAUAUGGACAAUGGGUAUGCUGAACCUAGGGAUGAUUCAGAUGACGAUGACAAUCACGAUCCAUGGAAGCCUUUGAAUCCCCAUGAAUCUGGGAAUCUGAAGGUGAAACCCUACAAGAAAGUGAAAGGUAUUAGGAAGCCUAUGACUAGAUCCCCGAGAACAGUCUCCAUAAUGACACAAUUUCCUCUUGCGAGAACCGAUGGUCCUAUCAGUCCAGAAUUUAAUGAUAUGUGGGAGAAAAUACGUGCUGCACGUCAAAAGCAGCAUGAGACGGGUUCGCUGCCGCUAUAUGAAAAGCUUCGACAAUCACUUAUCAAUGGAGGAUGUGAAGUUCCUUUUGGUAGUUCUGAUGAUGCUGAUGAAGACCAUGGGGAUGAUGGUGGCUUUGCUGAUUUUGGGGGACCGGAUACAAACAUGCCAGAAGGCACUUAUAUGGAUGAGGAUUCUCCCUUUGACAAUGACGAUGCUGCGCCCUUGGACAAUGAUGGUGCUGGUGGAAAUGAAGAUCCGCUGUCUAAAACUAGUUUGGAAGACCUUUGUCGCUCUCACCUAGAUGCUCUUCUCGCUAGCAUAGCUGAGACAGAGAAACAGACUGAAUUGGCUGCACGUGUCUCUACAUGGAAACAAAAAAUUGAGCAGAACUUGGAAGAGCAAGAUUCUCACCCGCCAUUUGACAUCCAUGAAUAUGGUGAAAGAAUCAUCUCGAAACUUUCCCCUGAAGCAGACCAAGGAGAUGCCAUGUCCUUCGCCGAUAUUGUCCGAGGACAAGAGAAGCAUGAUGUAGCUCGAUCCUUUUCUGCGCUUCUCCAAUUGGUGAAUAAUGGAGAUGUUGAUUUGGACAAAGGCAAAACUGGAGCUUCUUCAGUGUGUUUUACUGCUGUAAAUCCUUUCUAUGUCCGCCUCUGCAGUAAUACGAGGCCAGGGGAAGCACAGGUCCAGUCUGGAAAGAAGAGAGUGACAUCACCGAUUCGGAGAGUUCACAAGAAAGCCCAAAUUAAUGGGCCCAUUGAAGAGGAACCUGCAGCUAGUCUUCGCUCGAAAUGCAGACCGAGAGAGUUACCAUCACAACCAAAGUUCACUCUUAAGGUCGGAAAGGGAGGAGGCGUCCGGUGCACUCCUGAAGGCAAGAAGAGACGAAAGUCACGGUUCGUGGAGCCAGUCAAUUUGCACUCUGCUAGCUGAUGAUACAACUGAUUCUCAGAAUCAGAACCGAUUAGGACAGGAAAAUUCUUUUCCCAUUUGUAGUUCGAGAUCUCUAACGGGGCGGGAGUUGCGAUAUGUAUUCCUUGUUUAUUUGUUAGCUUUGGUAGGUCAUAUGUGGGAAUGUAGCAUUAUUUGUAGUCGUCAGCCUAGAACUGCUGUAGAUCCCUACUGUGAUGUGUAAAGUGCAAGAAUUUGUAAAGUUUCCACUUCUUAACUGCUUCCAGCACUGUAAUAAUAUAUGUAUUCUACACUUAGAAUACGUGACUUAAAGCCUUUUAAGGAGACAAUGUUAACAUC